AUGGUCGCCGACAUCAACCAACUCCCGCCGUACAGCCCGCCCCCGCCAACACAAGAGGACCUCGAUUACGUUGACCUUGUCAACAUCGAUCUCUCAAAAUUUGAUACUCCCGAGGGCCUCCAACAGCUCGCCAAAGACCUUUACGAGGCCGCUACUGGCUAUGGCUUCCUUUACCUGACAAACCACGGUAUCUCCAACGAGACCUACGAACGCCAAAUGCGCAUCGCCAAUGCGGCGAUGACACUCAAGCCUGAAGAGAAGGCCCCUUACGAAGUAACUCCCGAAGAGGAUGCUCGUGGACUGUACGCCGGAUACAAGCCUGCAGGACCCCUUGGGCACAAGGGUGGCUUCCCCAAGGCUCUGGACCACUACAACAUGCUUGUUCAUGAUCCCAAGGACCGCCCCCACCCCGAGAUUAUCCGUCCGUUUAUGGAUGAGACGUACGAGGUCAUGAGUUACAUUCGGACCAACAUCUUGGUGAAGCUGCUCAAGCUUGUGUCCAUGGUUCUUGAAGUUCCCGAGGAGAAGGUCCUCUCCACACACGCCCCUGGUGGAUCCAAGACUGAAUACCUGAGAUAUAUGAUGUGCGAACCUCGAUCAAAGGAAGAGAGUGAAAAGUACCGUGAUAUCUUCCUCGCUGGACACACCGACUGGGGCACUUGGACAUUCCUCUUCUCCCAACCCGUCGCAGCACUCCAAGUUCUUUGCCACGAGACUGGCAGAUACCGUCACGUCCGCCACGUCCCCCACGGAAUCGUCGUCAACUUUGGCGAGGCCCUCGAGCGCCUCACCGGCGGGCUCUUCAAGGCUACAAUCCACAGAGUUAUCCGUAAGCAAACACCUCAAGCAGAAAAGCCCGCGACGGCCAUAUCUAACACAACACAAACAGAGCCGCCCAUGGACCAGCGCCACCUCCGCCGCAUCGGCGUAAUCUACUUCUCCCGCCCCGCCGACGAGCGCGAGCUCGUCCCCAUUGAGGACUCACCCCUCCUGCAGCGCAUGGGCACCGACAAGCCCAUCGACGAGCGCAUCUUCUGCAUGGCCGACUACCUCGACGCGAGAAAGCACGGAUGGAAGCGCUACGACUUUGACAUUGACCGCCCUCGUGAGGAGGGUGUUCACCAGGACCCCUUCGAUGGCGAGUACACCGACCCCGAGGGUCACAAGUCGCUUGGAAAGUUUGACAAUGUGCCGCGUUUGCAGUAUAGCCUGCCUACCGUCAAGACUGGUACUGCCUGA